AUGUCCGACAACAGACGUCGUAAUGGCGCUCUAGGUACCUGGGUGCCGCUGGUUGUGACGGCCGCCGUUGCUACCGUCAGUGUCGCGGCAUGGAUCUGGAGCCAGCGCAAGGACCGGAGCGAGGAACACGAGACCAACUCGACCCUCCAGGACCUCGACUACGAGAACGCCGACUACGGCGACAACCCGCCCUACGGAGCCUCCGGCCAAGGUCGUCUGAAGCCGCCAGCCCAUUCCCCCAAUGCCCAAGCACAGGCCGAAGGAGGAUGGGGCCUCCGCCGCACCCCGAGUCCGGCCGACUUCUUCAACGGCGCGAAGCGACAGGUCGCCGCCGGCGUGACUGCAGCGGGCGCAGCUGUGGGUACCGCCCUUUCCGCCAUCCGCGAGGAAGACAGCCUGAGGAGCGAGUUUGCUGACGACGAGACGUGGUCCGACCCGGAUACGAAAAAACAGGUUGAGAAUGCUACUACUUCCAGAAAUGAGAGUCCCGUUGUUCAACCUACCACGAUUACUGCCCCGGUUACCGCUCCCGCUGUCACUACCACUGCCGCCUCCAACAAGAACCAACGCCGGAAAAAGGUUGCCAUUAUUGUCUCGGCCGAUAACCAUGUGGAAGCUGGUGAUGAGGAGUACCAUGAACAUGCUUCCAUCCUCUCCCACAUCCCCCGUAACAUCGAUCUCUCCCUUACCAAGCUCUACAUCCUCAUCUACGCCCCUCAGCUCAAGGACAAGUCCGAAGACUCCUCCAAGCCUCCCUCGCUAAGCUCUUCCUUCUCCAACAUUGAAGCCGAGACACCCGCCGAGAGCAAGGACAAGGACCCUCUUGCCGGUUCCGCCUACACCUCCCUCUACAACCAAGCAACCACCCUCGUCUCCAAGCCCUCUCACAUCCUGACCUUCUCCACCCCCGCCGGCCACUCCCACAUCCUACGUCAUAUUCAGCCCGAGAUCCUUUACCUCCAGGAAUCUCUGGCCGGACCGGACGGCAGCGUGAUCACUUCCCUCCAGACAUGGUUAAGGCACGACAUUGUGUUGGUGGUUGGUGCUGAGCAAGGAGAUGGUGGCCUUGCUGAUUCGGACUCUGAGGACGAUGACACAGAAAAGAACGGCGAGAAGGAGAAGAAGAAGGAGGAGACCAAGUGGUGGCAGAAGGAAGAGCGGGUGGGACGGGGGAGGGGAGUGGUGGUUGUUGAUGUGAGGGCGGGCAAGUUGGGUGAUGAUUGGGUUAGGAGGGUUCAGGGACAGGAGUAA